AUGGGUCCGAAAAAGAAGGAACAGCAGAAGAUGUCCCUCGGGGCCUUCAUGACUGAUGAGAAACUUGGAUCCUGGGCUGAUGAGAUGGAGGAUAUGCCAGUCUACUCUCGUUCUGGAUAUGGCGCCGAAAAGCGAACUUACGGCUCUACAAACACUACCUUCGGAAGCGGUAACCUAGCUGGAUACUCUGUCAGAGAGGAACUACCUCUCCCAGAUAAGCCACCUUAUACUGUGCAUCUAGGAAAUCUCUCAUUCGACGCUACCGUUGGUGACGUGACGGAUUUCUUUGCUGAUUGCGAAUGCACCAAUGUUCGCAUCAUCGAAGACAAGCUCGAAAUGAAACCCAAGGGGUUUGGAUAUGCAGAGUUUGGUUCCCGCGAAGGCCUGAUCAAGGCGUUGGCGCUUUCCGGAUCGCAAUUCCAGGGCAGAAACAUCAGAGUCAGCGUCGCAGAUCCACCCAAAGAUCGUGAUCGCCCGGAUGUUCGUGAAUUGGGAGACUGGAGUCGCAAGGGACCAUUGCCCGACCUGCCAGGUCGCGGAGGAAACGACCGCCGAGCACCUGAGAGAGGGUUUGCAUCCGGAAGAACAUUUGGCGAUGGAGGCUCGGAAUCCGGCGGUGAUCGUAGAGAGCGCCGCGAUCCAUUCCCUCAGGAUGAUGGAAAGGUCAGAGACCUUGGCAACUGGGAGCGUCGCGGGCCAUUGUCCACAGUUCCCCAACAGGAGCGCCAAACGAGCACCAGAGAAGGGGGCCGUAGCAGCACAGUUGAUGGGCCACGUGCGGAAGGGUUCAAAGAUAGGAGAGCAUCGCCAGCUGCAUGGGGAGAGGGCCGUACCCAGGACUCUCAGGAUGGCUCGAGACCUCCAAGACGCGAGUUUCAGGAGCGCCCAGUUGCUGAUAGAGCUCCAACUGCCGCAGAGCAGGAUAGCCAAUGGCGAACAAAGAUGAAGCCAGACGCCCCAGUUGCACCAGCUGCGACUUCGCCGCUGCCAUCGAGAGAUGGUAGUGAAGGCCCGGCUUCUCCCGCACCAGCCUCUGCAGCCCCUGUUGGAAGACCAAAGCUGAACCUGACAAAGCGCACAGUGUCUGAAGCAGCUGACGUGGCUUCACCAGCAUCUGCUACUGGCGAUGCUAAGGCUAGCCCAUUCGGUGCAGCACGUCCUAUUGAUACUGCUGCCAAAGAAAGGGAGAUCGAAGAGAAACGAGUUGCUGCGCUAAAGGAGAAAAAGGAGGCCGAUGACAAGUCUCGCGAGGAAAAGCGCAUCGCCAAGGAAGCUGCAAAGGGAGAAAAGACCGAAGGUGAAACUGAUGAUGGCACACCAACUGCAGAGAUUGUGAAGAAGACGGAUGGUCUUACCCUGGAAGAAGAAUCUGCGACUCAAGACACCACCGACUCCAAGCCUAAAGAGGCGGCUCAGCAGAAACCCGCUGAUACUGGGGCCUGGAGACGCCCUGCAGCUGGCCCAAAGCCCCCCCGAAGCGAUGUCCCAAGGGGUCCUCGCGGUGAUGGACCGCCACGUGGUCCUCGCAAUGAUUCCAACAGAGGUCCAGGGCCACGAGCCAACGGUGGAGCUCCACCAUCCGGCGCAGCCGCCGAGCAGGUGGCAGAGGCUCCAGAGGAAGACGGCUGGAGCACGGUCUCAAAACCUAAAAAGAACCAGCGUGGUGGCGCACGUGGUAUUUAA